UACACCGGUCACACUGCUAGAAGAAUCUUAGGAUAGUUUAUUAUUAUGUGCUCACAACAAAUAUAUCAUCUCCCCUGAAACGGACAAUAGAACAAACAAAAUGCAGUUUUCCUGGAUGAAGGUGGCCAUAUACCUCUUGACUUUCCUCACAUACGCCUAUUCCGGCUACGGAUCCAGCACAAUAGUUCAUCUAAGGGAUGCCAUUAUUGCGGCGGAAGCAAUAUUCGGUGACGUGUUCAAGAACCUGAUUGUUCUGGUGCGCAAAUUUCGUACGGUUCAUGAGGUUUUCGAUGCGGCAGUGGACGAGAACUGCGUUUACCAAUGCCCCGCUCCGGAUAUCGGUGGACCAGCCCCUCGAGCGGUGCAGAAUAAGUUCUAUACCCCCACGGCGGAUGGCUGUGGAUCCUUGGGUUUAAGGAUCAGUACAGACUAUCUGCCGGCCAAGGAAAUGGAGACCUGUUGCAAUGACCACGAUAUCUGCUACGACACCUGCAAUAGCGACAAGGAGUUGUGUGACCUGGAUUUCAAGCGCUGUCUCUACAAACACUGUGAUAGCUACGAAAAGUCCAUUGCCAGCGAUCUUAUGAUAAAGGGAUGCAAGGCGGCUGCCAAAAUGCUAUUCACGGGCACUCUGACCCUGGGAUGUCGUUCGUUUUUGGACUCCCAGCAGAGAUCCUGCUACUGUGCUCCGCCGAGGACAUCCUCCUCCUACAAUGGCAACAAACAGGGGAACAGCCGGGAGCGACAACAGCGCCAAAAGUACGGCUGGAAGGAUCGGAACGAGAUAUAGUACAGGAUCACUUAUUUUGAGGGUGCGGGGCACAAGGGGUAUCUGAAUAAGUGCGCGUUAAAUGUUGUCGUUAUCCUGUGUUGUGUUAGUUUAUGAAAGGCUGUCCAUAUCCUCUGGAUUGUCCUUUGACGAAUUUCAUAAUUGUAUACCAAAUAGUGGCAUGCAAACGGUCCAGACUGUUAAAUACAUUGAUAUUUUUACCUAUAAUAUAUAUACUAUUAUAUAUCUA